CUCAUUCGUGACAUUCAGUGCUCACUGCUCAGCUAAGAAAGGGAAAAGCAAAGCCCUCAAACCCAAAACCAAAACCCUAUCUUCUUCAACGGUUCCACCGCCGCCGUCCGUGAUUGUCGGCGCCUCCGAGGAUUCCCUCUUCGCCCUGUCCCAAACCCAAACCCUCGGCUCGACGUCCAUCCUCCCGUGGCUUCUGUGUUCGAGCUGCUCUCCGUCGCUUAAAAAAGGCGCUCGCUGUCGUCUCGACGCUCUCCGUCACCCUCCACAGCUGUCGAAGCAUGGCAGUUAGAUUACCUCCAGAAACGGUGCCAAGAAUUGGGAAUCCGCAAUAUUAUUUUUUAUUUAGGAUUUAGGAUUCAAUCAAGAAUUGGCUUUGGUAUUAUUUAAGAGGAGAUUGCUGUUUUUGGCACCUGUAUCACUAAAAAGUAUUUAAAAAACAAUCGUGUAUAUGAAGCUGAAAGUGAGUGACAUAUUGUUUUCCUGGGUAAUUCAGUUUGCUGCAUUGCAUUACUAAGUAUGUUUUUUCUAAUGAAUAAGAAAAAGACUUGAAUCGAACAGGUUCUCCUCUUGUGAAUAGGUUUUGCACUUGACUAUGGAAUAGGUAACUGUUAUUGUUGAAAUUAUUGCUUAAAAUGGAUUUGUUAUGCUGCUGCUGCUAUAAAUUAAUUUCUUUCUAGCUCUUGACCUCUUGUUAGGAAGUUUCACAUGCCACAUACUUAAUUUUGUGUUGCAUGUAUUGCAAAGGAUACAAUGAAGGUAGGCCGGUUAGCAAAGGAAUUAGCAGCCGAUGUAAAUAUUAAAUGCAAAGCUAAAGGACUGCUUCCUCGUGUAACAAUUAAGUGUCAAUUUUAGUCGUGUCAUUCCUUUAAUAAUUAUUUGGCAAAAGAAUUUCUCUUAUUGCUCAAAGGAAUUCCUUUUCUUAGCUAAUAUCUAUACAUGGAAAACAUAAUUUAAAUAGUAAUUUUGUACUUCUUUCUCUGUUGCAGCAUUCUUAUAACACCUAAAUGAUAUAAAUAUAGUGAAACACAUUGUUUGAAUGAAAGUUUGGAUCAAUAAAUUGCAUAACCAAAAUAAUGUAUCUGAUUGCUGUGUAUAAUCUUUAGGCUAUUUCUUGUGUUUUUCAUUUACAAAAAUAAGUUUAUUUUUCUUUUUUAAGUUUUACAAUAGUUCUUACUCUUUAGUACUUGUUUCAAAUGAAUAUAACUAAGUUGAAGUGAAUUAUUCAUGUCAUUGUAUAAAGGUUCGAGCUGGAAUAGUUGGAUACCCUAAUGUUGGAAAGUCAUCAUUGAUAAACCGUUUACUAAAGUGAAGAAUGUGCCCUGCAGCCCCAGACCAGGAGUUAUCCUAAUUGUUCAUGAACUUGUAUUCUGGUAAAGUUGAAACUAAUGGCUUCUAAUGUUGAGUACUUAACAAGUUUUUGCGAAUUUUGAUGAUUGAUGACAAAUUUUCAUUUUGGAAUUUAAUAUUUAGAUAUUUCUUUUUACUAUUUAACUUUUGAGUUUGUAUUUUGAUAAGAUCAUAUAGUUUUGGUUGAUGGCAUUUCAUGCAGUGUUUUAAAUUUGGAAGAUAUUUUAAGAUUUAUAUUAGAUUAUAAUUAUAUUUUAGGAUGUUUAUUUAUAAUUUAUUUAUUAUUUUAUUUUAAACGGUUUUUCCGGUUGAACCACGGUUGGACCGGUUGGACCAGUAAAUCAGUGAACCAGUGAAUAGAGCAGUUCGAUGACCAGUCCGGUUCUCAGAAUCUUGCUGUCCAGCUCCUUCCAUGGCCUUUUAGAGCUCUUAGACGUACCUGUGGUUGGUCCUGCUAGAAGCAACGCAUAAAAGAAUCACUGGAUUUCCGAUGAGACUUGGUGCUGCGGCACUUUGCAAAUGAUGAUGUCUUGAUUCUCCUAGCCGUGGCCCAUUUUCUACUGAUCCCUCGCUAUUCCGAUGAACCCAACCAAGAAGUUAACAUUUUCCCACAUUUUUCAAAGAUGUUCCUCUCUCAGAGCCCUCAAUCCUGGAAAGCAAGCCCAUGCCCAAAUGAUAGUAACUGCCUUUGUGCCUAGCAUCUAUGUUACCAAUUGUUUGCUUCAAUUCUACUGUAAAUGUUCCAAUAUGGCCUAUGCAUUCAAUGUGUUUGACAGAAUGCCACAAAGGGAUAUAAUCUCAUGGAACACCAUGUUGUUUGGCUAUGCUGGAGUUGGGAACGUGGGGUUUGCACAGUACUUGUUUGAUUCAAUGCCAGAGAGAGAUGUGGUUUCUUGGAACUCUAUGCUUUCGUGCUAUUUACAAAAUGGCACUAAUCGAAAGACAAUUGAUAUUUUUAUUAGGAUGAGAUCACUGAGAAUUCCACAUGACUAUGCUACCUUUGCUGUAGUUCUGAAAGCAUGUUUAGGUAUUGGAGACUAUUGCUUAGGUCUUCAAGUGCACUGUGUUGCAAUUCGCAUGGGUUUUGAUAACGAUGUUGUAACAGCUAGUGCUCUAGUAGAUAUGUAUUCAAAGUGUAAGAAGCUAGACAAUGCUCUUCAAGUUUUCUAUGAAAUGCCCGAAAGAAAUUUGGUAUGCUGGAGUGCUGUAAUUGCAGCCUGUGUUCAGAAUGAUCAGUUUAUUGAGGGUUUAAAACUGUUUAAGGAUACACUGAAAGCUGGUAUAGGGGUGAGUCAAUCAACCUAUGCUAGUGCAUUUAGGUCUUGUGCAGGAUUAGCUGCAUUCAAACUAGGUACACAAUUGCACGGUCAUGCUUUAAAAUUUAAUUUUGGAUAUGAUACUAUAGUGGGAACUGCCACCUUGGACAUGUAUUCAAAAUGCAACAGAAUGUCUGAUGCACGAAAGCUUUUCAACUCAUUGCCCAAUCCUACUCGGCAAUCUUAUAAUGCCAUUAUUGUUGGAUAUGCUCGUCAAGACCAAGGUCUUAAAGCUUUAGAAAAUUUUCAAUCUUUACAGAGGUCACAUCUUGGCUUGGAUGAGAUUAGUCUGUCUGGUGCUUUGACUGCUUGUGCAGCAAUCAAAGGCCGGUUGGAAGGGAUUCAGCUACAUGGAUUAGCAUUCAAAUGUGGUUUAACGUUUGAUAUCUGUGUUGCAAAUGCCAUUUUAGAUAUGUAUGGUAAGUGUGGAGGUCUGCUGGAAGCUUGUGUAAUAUUUGAUGAGAUGGAAAGAAGGGAUGCUGUCUCUUGGAAUGCAAUCAUUGCAGCUCAUGAACAAAAUGAGGGAAUAGAGAAAACACUUUCACUCUUUGUUUCAAUGCUGCGGUCAACAAUGGAACCAGAUGAUUUUACUUAUGGUAGUGUUGUAAAAACGUGUGCUGGUCAGCAAGCUUUAAACUAUGGUAUGGAGAUUCAUGGACAAAUUAUUAAGUCCGGGUUGGGGUUAGACAGUUUUGUUGGCAGUUCCCUUGUUGAUAUGUAUUGUAAGUGUGGAAUGCUAGAGGAGGCUGAAAAGAUUCAUUACAGAUUGGAGGGGCAAACAACAGCUUCGUGGAAUUCAAUGCUUUCAGGAUUCUCAUCGCAAAAGCAAAGUGAAAAUGCUCAGAAGCAUUUUUCACAGAUGCUGGAAAUGGGUGUCAUACCUGACAACUUCACCUAUGCUACAGUUCUAGAUAUUUGUGCUAAUUUGGCUACUGUUGAACUUGGAAAGCAAAUUCAUGCUCAAAUCUUAAAGCUACAGUUGCAUUCAGAUGUGUAUAUAGCCAGCACUCUUGUAGAUAUGUAUUCAAAGUGUGGAAAUAUGCAGGAUUCCAGACUAAUGUUUGAGAAGGCACCUAAGAAGGAUUAUGUGACUUGGAGUGCUAUGAUUUGUGCAUAUGCAUACCAUGGUCUUGGAGAAGAAGCCAUUAAAUUAUUUGAGGAUAUGCAGCUUUUUAAUGUGAAACCGAAUCAUACAAUUUUUAUUUCAGUCCUCAGAGCUUGUGCGCAUAUGGGUUAUGUGGACAGAGGGCUGCAUUACUUCCAGAAAAUGCAAAACUACUAUGGUUUAGACCCACGGAUGGAGCAUUAUUCAUGUAUGGUAGAUCUUCUGGGGAGGUCCGAACAAGUAAACGAAGCAUUGAAGCUUAUUCAAAGCAUGCCUUUUGAAGCUGAUGAUGUAAUUUGGAGAACUUUGCUUAGCAAUUGCAAGAUGCAAGGGAAUAUAGAAGUCGCAGAAGCAGCAGCCAGUUCUUUAUUGCAGCUGGACCCCCAAGAUUCUUCUGCGUAUGUCCUUUUAUCUAAUUUCUAUGCUAUUGUGGGGAUGUGGGGUGAGGUUGCAAAAAUAAGAAAUAUAAUGAAGAAUUAUAAACUAAAGAAGGAGCCUGGUUGUAGCUGGAUUGAAGUAAGAAAUGAGGUACAUGCGUUUCUUGUGGGGGACAAGGCACAUCCAAGAUCUGAAGAGAUAUAUGAGCAAACUCGUCUACUUGUGGAUGAGAUGAAGUGGGAUGGAUAUGUUCCAGAAAUUGAUUUCAUGGUUGAUGAGGAGCCAGAAGAACAAGAUUCUUAUGAGGGUCUCACAGUCACAGAACAGCAAUUAGUUGUAGUGUGAGGUAAUGUAGAAAAGAUUUUGAUCCCUGCCUACAAUAGCUUGAUGGAUAUUUCUACACUUCUAUGUGGUUAUAAAGUUUUGGAAGAGGAAAAGAAAUAUGCCAAAGUUUGAAGAUAAACUUAAAGCCAAGCAGGAAGGAGUUUAUAGGCAAUGCAAUAGAAAAUUCGAAACUGAAAUUUAGUUGCUUGAAGGGAAUCCAGGGAAAUUAUAAGGUAAGAUUUUGUUUAUUAUUUGUAGCUCUUUAGUUUCUGCCUGUAAUGCUUCUAAUGGCUGCUAUCGCAUAUGAAUUGUGUUGGUCUUUUGACAAGCUUCUAUGUGCUUUUUUUUUUUAAUUUUUGUUAUGAACCAUAGGUUUUGCUGAUGUUCUAAAAGACUAAAACAACAUGAAAAUUUGCCUAUUUUCUCUAUGUUAUCAAGCUGACCACCAAGACUGCAAUUUUUGAUACUUUAGCAUAUUGUAUUUAAGCCCUCAUUCUCAUGGAAUGCUAGAAUUUUACUCAGCCAUUUCUUGGGUUGACCAUUACCUGGUGAUAAGGAAACCACCAUAGUGAUGUUUCUACAGGUUCAAUUUGUUUAGUACUACCUCACUCAAGACAGAAAAUACAGAUUCAUUGAAGAACUUUAUUUGGAGAAUGAGAUGUUUGUCCAUGUGCUGUUGCCCCUGAAUAUCUACAAAUUACAUUCUUGUGUUGAUUGAGGAUCAUGUCCUGGAUCCCUAACUCUUGAAGGAAGAAUAAAGUUUGCAAUGCACUGUUCCUUGCUGGAUCAUUAUAAUUUCUCAAAUUCCAGCACCCAUUGUACAUAUUUUCUUAAAAAAGAAAUGUGUAAUUUAUCUGUUGAGACAUCAAAAUUUUAUCUGUGUAAACUAAUACAUGUGGUGUUUCCUGAAAACCCUACAAAAUCUAAUUCAGUUAACGUGAUUUCCCUUAAA